CUGAGUGCUGCGCGCCAUGGAUUCGAGCUACAAUCCGGAUCCCUCGACCGAGAUUUCCGACACCCUCUAUACCGCGCUAUUGGUAAGAAGAAAUUCGAGCGAUACGACACAGCGGAUCGAGGCAGCACAAUCCCAAUCAACUAUGUCACAGCGCCAGGGGUUGAGUUGACCCCCGUAUGUUUCUCGGACCGGCUUUACGAAGACGCUGCUGCGCAGCAGUGCCUUUCGAAUCUCCUCGCUCUGGGCUUCCACCGGAUCAUUGUCGACUUGUACUGGGACCAAAGCCGGCAGACAUGGAGUCUGUGCCCAGUUGAACUCAGCACCCAAGGGAACUCGACCUCGCCCAUCAAUACUGGAGGCUAUCCUAGCAGCCUCUCUACAUCGUCUUCCUCGACGAGUCCAUCGGCUAUCCUGACAAGGGCCAGGUUCUCUGGAGAUACGGCCGAGCCUUUAGAGCGGCAAGCACUCCGCAGUUCCUCGAUCAUCGUGGAUGAAGAUGUGCACCAGCGGGCACAAAUUCAUGUCCGACAAACUUCCGAACUUCUCUCCGAGUCUACAGAUGCUUCUGCUACCAACGCAGCAUUGACAGCUGCUACAAUCACAACCGAUUCAAGCAGUAGUGGUGGCAGCGUCGUAGCAAUAUCACAGACUUUCUCUGCUGCACAGCCGUCGCAAACCGGUCAUCAGAUUGGUGGUUACUCAUGCACUGAAAGCAUUGGCAUCUCCACAAUAACCAGCGUAUUAGCGGACUAUUUUCAAACAACGGAGAACGACCUAAACGCAACUUUCAAGUACCUCGAGUUCAAUGUGCGACUGGCUGCUCCGUUCAAUGACCCAGCAGACACUACAAGCUCAGCCGAUCCUGAGAGGUUGCCAACUCUCGGCAACUACAUCAGCGAUCUUAUUAAUUCGACUCUCUCUCGAUACCUAUACACUCCAGCUGCUCUUCGGUCCGAGAGGGCCAAUCUGAACCAAUCCUGGCUCGCAGGAGAUAUCGAGAACCCACCAGCGGUGGAGUACAUGACGACAAUGCCACUCAAUAAUGGUUCUGGGCUGUAUACUCUAGAUGGGUGGCCUAGUGAGAGCAUAAUUAUGUUUCUACGCGCGCUUCGCAUCAUAGCCAGCGUUAGACUCGAUUCGCAAAUGCAGCAGUAUGAUUUCAGCGCAGACGCUGAAACCAUCUUUCCUGCAGAGUCAAUCUCCAACAAUGUUGGUACGACACUAUCUUCUGAUGGAACCGUCACAAAUGGUUGCUUGUACCAACCUGGCAACACCACACUUGCCGCUGUGAACUCUUCAUGGGCCAUCUCUAGCAAUCUACCCAACACGACAUCCCUCAACACGACAAACUACGCUGCUCUAAAUAUCUCGUCUUGUGGUAUCUCACCUGUACUAAACACAUCUCUGUUGGGUAGCUUGGCGACCAAUAAUGCCACAACAUAUCGCCAAUUCACACGCGGUUCGCUUUGGGGAUGGGACACGGACGAGCCUAGCGAUAACUCCAGCUUUGCCGUCCCUCGUACUGCACUCGAGAAUCGCUACAUGAUCGCUGCCUUGCGGGAUUGGGUAUCUCGCCAGACCGACUUUGAUGACGCGCCGGUCUUCUGGCUCAGUAUCAAUGAUAUUGAUACGAAAGAUUGUUGGGUUAGCGGAGUGGAUCAGACUUGUCCUUACCGAAGCGAUGCUAGGGACACAGGUAAGCCUACUGUAGUCAUACCCACUGUCGCGGGUGUUAUCGUCUUCUUGUUGGCUAUUUUGACGAUCUUCGUCAAGUGUGCUGCGAACAGACAGAACACCAGACGGCGACUCAAGCGCGGAGAAGGNGGUUGGGACUACGAAGGAGUACCUUCG